AUGGAAGACACUCUUCCGCCCCCGGAACAACAACAACCCGCACCCAAGCGCACGCGGCGGAAAAACGCAAAAUCACGGCAAGGCUGCGCAAGGUGCAAGACUAAGCGGAUCAAAUGCGAUGAGAAGCGUCCGGGAUGUGGGAAUUGCGGGAAGAGUGGGAAUGUGUGUCCUGGGUAUGAACAGAGGUUGAAGUGGUCGAGGAAGUAUGAGAAGCUAUCUACGACGGCGGACGGAAAUGGUACUUUGCUUCAGUGGAAUUCUGGAAGAGAUGGAGAGAGAGAUCGAAAUGCCGAGGGCUCGAGUAGACCACGAGAGGAUUUGACUGUAGAUGGGGAUCCAGUUUGGCCAGUUGUGAGCUCCUCGGCAUGGCAGGAUGUGCAACUCAACCUGGAUUCUGGCCUGGUCGAAGGCGAUUACGACUCGAUCGUGGCUCUCGAAAACUUCGAUAUGUCAAACACGCAACAUGAUCACUUCUCCAUACCGGACCUAGGAAUUCCACAGACACCGAACCACUUACCAACUACAUUGAUUGAAUACUGGUUCCGCUUCAUCUGUCCAAUGCGGUCUACAUUCGAUUCCGACAUCAACUACAACCGCACAAUGGCAUGGACCUCCUGGAACGCAUCCGGAGCUGUCUUCUACACUAUGCAAACUAUGUCGGCUGCCUGUCUCCUGAAGACCAUGCCCCAACUCAGCGAGACAUUGCCACUGCUCAGAACGCAAGCAUUGGCGGCUAUCAACCAAGGGAUGUCACAAGUGAGGUCCUCGCCAAUACCAAACAUCACAGCAGACUUGCUCUUCGCCAUAUUCUCCCUUGGGACAUCGCAACACUGGAUCACGCCCGGCAUGUCAGAAACGCCGUUCCUGGAAUCUGCACGUGAACUACUGUCGACGUGGAAGGCGACGCCCUCCGUAGCGGGCGGGCUGGUGUAUAAUUACUUUUCGCGGGCUCUGACCUAUUGGGAAAUGCUUCUCACGAUGACGGGACGCGGAUCAAUUCCAGCUAAGAUCAAAAAGAAGCAGCAACGGAACCGAAGCAAGCUUCUCCGGGCAUUAAACCUACCAGGAAGGAGUGAUGACAACAUUCCCACCGAACCACAACCCCAGAAAUCCGACCCCGAGGUCUUUGGAACUCGACCCAACUCCUGGUGCGGUCUCUCAAGCGAAGUAAUCGAAGUCUUCAGCCAGGUAAUGGCCCUGUGUCGAAGCACAUGUCUCCAUCGGCAGAAGGACCGCAACAGUCGCCGCAUCGACACGGUCAGCGACACUCUGUGCGACAUAUCGCUUGGCCACGAACUACAACGGGAGCUCCUAGCCAUGGACUUCGGAACGCUUGUCCUCGUGGAGGAAAUCCAAGGACACCCCGUCAUAACGCAGGACGACAAGACGCCCGUCGCACAUCUGCUGCACACCGCCGAGGCGUAUCGACAGGCCGCGCUUCUGCAGUUGCAUCUAACCUUCCAUGAUCUGCCGAAGACGGUGGCUACGUACGCCCCCGCGGACGAUCACAAUGGGGACGAGAAGGCACAUGCGGAGUUUGUGCUGGCGUUAACGUUGCGGCUUGUGAUGAUGCUCCAGCAGAUACCGCCGGAGUCGGGGUCGAGGUCUAUACAUCCUAUGCUCUACCUUUCUGCGGCGGCGGGUCUGCGAUAUAGCGCGGUUUCGGAAGUAGACGACAUCAACGUUCCUGACAUAUUUGACCCUGACGUCACUUUAUCUAACGACCUCUCCCUUCAUGACCCAAUACUCCAAAUGGGUGAUUUCUUGCAAGAACCCAACCUCGACUUCGACAUUACAGAGUUGUCCUCUGUAAAUAACCCAGUUACGCCCAAUCUUCGAUCUACGAUGGGGGUGUUAGAAGCGCGAAAUUUUGUCUGGACGCGGCUUAAUGAUAUACAACAGACACUGCCGCAUAAAUCGAGCGGUAACAUUCUCCAGCUUGUCAAUGCGAUUUGGAGGAAGUACGAUGACCAGACUACCGGCCCAGGUGGGACUCACUGGUUUGAGUGUUUCGCGGAGUUGGGGUUGGAGGUGAUGCCAUGGUGA